AUGUGCGGGGCUUUCGUCCAUGCGCUCAACGGCCAUGAGUCAGUUUGGGGACCUUUUGACAUCGUGCAUGGCCAUGACUGGAUGACAGGCCCCGGCAUCAUGGAGCUGAAGGGACAGGGCAAGCGCGUCGUCUUCACCAUGCACUCCACCGAGGGUGGCCGGAACGGCGAUAUGGGCAAGGGCCAUCCAGGCAUCAAGGACCUGGAACGGUGCUCCUGCGGCGCAGCAGACAAGCUGAUCUGUGUCUCCGGGGUGCUGAAAGACGAGGUCUGCGGAGUUUGCGGCGCUGAUGGGAAUCGGAUGUCCGUCAUCUACAACGGCAUCCAUGCGCAACCCAUCGUCAACAUGGAGUGGCAGGAUGAGUGGAUUGGCAACACCAAGGCGGAUAAAGGCUUCGGGAGGAUGGACCCCAUGUUCCUCUUCGUGGGCCGGCACACUGCGCAGAAGGGAUGUGACCUGCUCAUCGAGGCGAUUCCCCACGUGCUGGGCUGCCGAGGAGACGCCAAGUUUGUGAUCGUGGGUGACGGGCACCUGCUCGCCCAUAACCAGGGUCGGGUGCACGCCCUGGGCGUCG